CAAUCGCGGCGCCAUUGUUGUUGCAUUUCCAACCACUGUACACUGUAGCGCGUGCCGCAAACGACAUCACCUAGCGGCAAGGUCCGAGACUCGACCACCGCCCAAAACAUUUUCCACCGACACGACCGUCUUGCGCAUCGCGUCACUGCUCCGUCAAGCACCAACAACAGGUCUAGCAAGCCCCGCAACAGAACGACAGCGAUAGCCCCAGUCCCCCGGAGACGAGUGCAUCAUCGAUCGUAGCGUAGUGGCACCACCGGCCUCCGUCUCCCGCCCGACCUCCCACCAUGGCCUCGUCCGCGCCAGCCCUCUUCGGCGACGUCUCGAUCGACCACGCCGUGGCCGGCUUUGGCGCCGGCACGGUCGCGACGCUCGUGAUGCACCCGCUCGACCUGGUCAAGGUGCGCUUCCAGCUGGCCGACGCGCGUGCGCCGAAACACCGGUUCGGGCGCGCGCUGUACGACGUGCUCGCGGACGCGGUGCGCGCCGACGGCUGGCGCGGGAUGUACCGCGGCCUCGUGCCCAACCUCGUUGGUGGGGCCGGUAGCUGGGGCCUGUACUUUUUGUUCUACAACAUGAUCAAGAAGGAGAUGCAGGGCGGCGACCCGACAUACCGCACCUCUGCGGGCCAGCACCUGCUCGCCGCGGCCGAGGCGUCGGCCAUCACGGCCAUGCUGACCAACCCCAUCUGGGUGGUCAAGACGCGCGUGUUCGCGACGCCAGCCAACGACCCAAACGCGUACAGCGGGCUGUGGCGAUCCCUCAGACGCAUCUACGCCGCCGAGGGCAUGCGCGGCCUGUACCGCGGCUCGUUACUCGCGCUUGUGGGCGUGUCGAACGGCUCGAUCCAGUUCGCGACGUACGAGGAGUUCAAGCGGCGGCGGAUCGAGCGCAAGCAGCGCAGGUUUGCCGAGCGCGGCCGCGAGUGGCGGCAAGAGGACGAGAAGUUGACAAACACCGAGUACAUCCUCACCUCUGGAGCGUCCAAAUUCGUCGCUAUCGCCCUCACGUACCCGUACCAGGUUGUGCGUGCACGCGUGCAGAACGGCGCCCCGGGAAAGGAGCAGUCGGCGCUCAAGGUCAUCGCCGACACGUACCGCCGCGAAGGCCUGCUCGCGUUCUACAAGGGCCUCGGCACCAACGCGAUCCGCAUCCUCCCCGGCACGUGCACCACGUUUGUCGUGUACGAGAACCUCGUGUGGGCGUUCCGCCGCCUCGCGCGGGCCAAGGAGCUCCGCGCGAAGGAGCAGCUCGCGUAGCCUGCUGCUCUCGGACACGAGGUUCAUCUUGAUUCUUGAGGAGACGGCGAGCGCAACGACACUACUCUGCAGCAGCAAGCACAGCGACACAGCAUAAUCGACGGCGCGGUUCUCCCGCAGUCGCCAUCAUUACCCAGCAUUUCAUUCCACGUAGAGGUAGUAGAGAGACGGAGG